GACUAGUAAGCGCGAAAGCGUACAUUGAUCGUUGCGGGCGAUCGACGAUAGAGUACAUUUUUUUUUUCAAGAUCAUAGAUCAUUCACAGCCGACCAGUGUACUAUCGUUUAACAGGAUAGGGCAAUCUAGUAUUAGAAAUCUUCUAAAGUGAACAAAAUAAACGUUUUCUUUUCCGCUCGAACAAUGAGUUUACAUCAAGAGAAAACAAGCGCAAUGAUUCGACGGGACAUCGACGAUCACUGACAUUCAAAUUCGAGACUAUGUUCGCUUAGAAAGCAAUGAAACAUUUUGUGGUUGCUAUUAACCAUUCUCAGUUAAAAUUACUAUUUAUUAUUUGGAUAUAAGUUAUUGUUAAGUGAUAGAGUAAGAGUGAUUGUUUGACGUUAAGCGUGAUACGUAAUAAGAUCUUUGAUUGAUGAUUUACGCUGGUGGGACACUGUUGGAUACGCUCGAUCAACGUGCUUUAAUGAACGUAAAAUGUCCAGUCUUUAUCAGCAACUUCUGCCGAAGAAUUUUAUACUGAAAACGUUCGUGAUAACGUUGAUUUUUAUGUACACGGAUCUGGGAUGUCAUUUACGGUCCUUGUUUCUGCCUUCAGCACUUAACACCGACGAUAAAUUGGAGUACCGCUUCUAUCCGGCUGCGACUAGGCAGCUUCAGUUCCGGGUAAAAGCGGCCAACGAUGCUCACGUCGCGCUCACCACGGGUCCUCAGGACUCACAACCGAUGUACGAGGUCUUCAUCGGUGGAUGGGGGAACAGCAAGUCCGUGAUCCGUAAGAACAAAUCCAAGCCUGAUGUCGCGGAAGCGGACACGCCUGGUAUUUUGAGCAACGACGAGUUUCGUGGAUUCUGGAUCAGAUGGGACGACGAUGCCCUUUCGGUAGGCAAAGAAGGCGAAGCGAGCGCAUUCCUCACCUACACCGAUUCAGAACCGUUAACCGUCAGUCACUUUGGACUGUGCACCGCGUGGGGUGCUUCUGGCGAAUGGCUGAUCGAAGGACAAACGAAUGCUCUAUACACGCGGAAUGAUUUGACCUACAAGUACCAUCCAGUGCGAACUGGUGGCUCGGUCCUCGUCGAGGUGAGGGCCAAGAGUAACGCGCACAUUGCCCUGACCAAACAGAAAGGCGAAUCUACUCCAAUGUACGAAAUUAUGCUUGGAGGCUGGGAGAACACGGCGUCGGUCAUCAGAUACAAUCGCAAACAGCCUGACAAGGUGCAUAUGAGCACGCCAAACCUGCUGAACGCGAACCAGGCAAAGAAGUUUGCGAUUUCUUGGCUCGACGGCCUUAUCACGGUCAGGACUGGCGAUCUAAACGGUCCUGUGAUCAUGGAAUGGCAGGACCCGAAGCCAUUUGACGUGAACUACGUGGGCGUGCGUACCGGUUGGGGUGCGACCGGAAAAUGGAAUCUUCGAAUCGAACAUUACCCACCCCGGUCCGGUUCCAAAAAAGGUCCAUCAGCACCGCCGGCGGAAGUGGGAGACGUUAUUUGGUGCGGCGCGGUUGGUGGAAUGGUACCCCCAAAUGCCAUCGAAGGUGGAAGGGACGAGGAGCCCUUAUUCGUGGGAAGAGCUCGCCACGAGGGUGCCCUUUUGCCAGGAAAAGUGAAGCCAAGCCACUCUGUUUGUUACGUUGCCUGGGGCGGUCAGGAACAUGGAAAGUCUGAAUACGAGGUUCUCUGCAGCGCCAACCCUCCUACGUGGGUGCCGACCAGCGGAAAUAACAUUCCUCCUAACGCAAUUCCCGCUGGUGAAUCCGAAGACGGAGAAACACUUUACGUCGGGCGCGUACAUCACGAGGACACUUUGACCAUCGGCAAAGUGCAACCAUCUCACAGUGUUUGCUAUAUACCGUUUGCCGGUAGUGAAGUUGGUUUCCCCGAAUACGAGAUCAUGAUCUGGCAAUAAACGACGAGAAAACAAUUGAAAGACGCACCGACUUGUCGAUGAAUCCUCCUAAUUGUUUAAAAUAGCCUUAGUUCUGAAAGGAAUUAUUGUACGUAUUCCGUAUGCUUUUCCUCACAAAAAUCCGUUCCUCUAAUAAAAGCGAAUCUAUACAUUUUGCGAUCCAGUAAUGUAUUUAGCGAAACUCGAUAAUUGUCGGUAUCUUAUUAAAGGGGAGGGAUGGAAUAUAUAUAGUGCAAGAUUAUGAGAAUCUCAUAUGUGUGCAAACUAGUCUAGUUAUGAGUGGGCGGAUUCGUAUUCAUCGAUCAGUCGGUGUAUAUACGUAACGAAAGAGUACACGCAAUUGCAAUCACGCUGUAUAAGCGCAAAUCAAACUGGCUAUACAUGUAGUUUGAUUAUGUAUGCUAAUUACUUGUUGUUAACUCCAGUUUGAGCAUUUAUGCUGUUUGAAUAAUUGUUGCCUUUAACUCGUUCCUGUUCAAACGAGAGAGCAUCGCAAAAAUAUGUAUUCAAGAGCUAUAUAGUUUUUUAACGCACGACAAUUUUUCGCUUUUUUGAAAUCAUUAUUUUUAGAGUCUAUAUUGUUACAAAACAGAAAAUAAAUACUUCCAAAUAUCA